AUAAGAACCUUAGUGAGUUGGCCGGCGAGUAUCUGUGACCGGUUUAGCAAACACCGGAAGGAGGAAAAAAAAAAAAAAAAAACUCCCCAAAAGCGCUUUCGAUCUCAGAAUCGAAAGCUUCUCUCCUUCUUCUUCAACCCUUCUUUGCUUCUCUCCGAUUGAACCUUAGCGAGACCCAUAUACAUAUAUACUGAUUUUUGUUUUUGUUUCUGGGUGGUGAGGGUGGUGAAAAUCGGCGGAGCUGGGGAAUAUUGUACGCGUGAUGGGAUUUUGUAUAUGUCCAUUGGAGACUCCGACGAGGUUGCUGUGGAGUAGUAGCUUCUUUCGCCACAAGAUUAUGAUCUUUUAAUACCAAACCAGCUAUAACAAAACCAAGAUUUCUACUGCUGAAAUCAAACAUCUUCUCUAGUGUGAUGUUUGAGUAGGGUGGUGGGUUGUAGAUCCGUUCUCUACUGCUCAUUUUCUGCUUUCCAUCGCCGGCGGACGACGAGAAACCUCGCGCCGACGAUCUGACGACACAGUGACGCACAGAGAGUAUCAGUAGAACUUCUCUGUAUGGAUUCCGGUCGUCUCUUCUUCCAUGCCUCCUGCCAUGGGAACACGUUGCUCCUUGGGAACCCAGAUUCCAACUUUCGAGCAGGACCGAGAUCACUGCUGAACAUGGAGGAAACCACGAAGAGGCGCCCCUUCUUCACCUCACCGGAAGAACUGAUGGAUGAAGAGUUUUACGACGAACAACAGCCGGAAAAGAAACGCCGCCUCAGCCCUGAGCAGGUUCUCCUCUUGGAGAAGAGCUUUGAAGCGGAGAACAAGCUAGAGCCUGAGAGGAAGACCCAGCUUGCCAAGAAGCUAGGCCUUCAGCCGAGGCAGGUUGCCGUGUGGUUCCAGAAUCGAAGGGCUCGUUGGAAGACUAAACAGCUUGAGAGAGAUUAUGAUGUCCUCAAGUCUUCUUACGAGUCCCUCCUCUCCAAUUACGAUUCCAUCCUUAAAGAGAAGGAGAAACUCAAAGCCGAGUUGGUGUCCUUGACUGAGAAACUACAGACCAAGGAAGCUAUAGGAACGGAAGUGGAAUCGGGUCAGAAUCCCGUCGAACCAGAUGGAGGUGGUUCGGGUGAGGAAGGAAUGGUUCAGAUAAGCGUGAAGGUGGAGGACCGGCUGAGCUCAGGUAGUGGAGGAAGUGCUGUGGUGGACGUCGAGGACGGUGGUCUACAACUUGUAGACAGCGGCGAUUCCUACUUUCCUGAUGACGAAUACAAUCAUAGCUGCAUAGCCGGCGGUGGGCCUGUUGAUGGGGUCAAAUUGGAGGAAGACGACGGUAGUGAUAAUGGUGGAACCUACUUCUCCGGUGUCUUUGCCACCGCUGACCACCAGCCCCAAGAGGCUGCCGACUCCUUGGGCUGGUGGGUGUGGUCUUAAGAAUAACUUAAUCCCUUCCUCUUCUGCUAUCUGUGUUCUCUCUGUGUAAAAAUAUCGUCUCCUGUAUAAAACAGGGGUAGGGGUUAAGCCGUUAAGGGGAAUAUGAAAAGUUCACCCUUUAUAAUAAGUAAGAACUCGAAGUUUAGGGAUGUGUUUUGCUAUGUUUUGAUCCUAGAUCUGCAAGUGAAGUAUAAUAAAUAGUUUUUGAAAAUA